UAUAAACCCUAAAAACACUGUUUUUCUUUUAUCUCCUUUCUUCGCUCUCGCCUCGUCUCUCGCGGCGGCCUCUGGUCAGGGUUUGAUGGAAUGUGCGCUCCCACAGCUUCGAUUUCGCUCCGAUCCAUGCCAAUCUCGUCAAUCCAGCGCCGCGCCACUUGCAUUCUUGCCAGAAGUAAGGCGGCGAUCUUUCUUGGAGAUACGCUGAGCUAGGCACCGGUUCUGGCAUUGGCGGAUUUCUUCUUGUCAUGGCGGUGAAAGAAAGCGGGCAGAGCGCGGCCAAGCGGGAGCUCUCCCACGCCGUGAAGCUGUUUGGUAUGAAGAUUUCGCUGUCCGUGACACCGGCGGACGAGGAUCAAGCCGCGUCGCCCGCUGAAUUGGCGAAGUCCGAGGUGAUAUCGAAUACCGCGGAAGAGAUCGCGAGCUUCUCCGCCAGCACCAGCGGCAGCGACGAUGACAAAGCCUUGAAAAGGGAGGAGGAGGAGGAGGAUCACGGUGGCCGCGGCGGCGGUGUAGCGGAGGUGCCAAGGAGGCCGGAGGAGCAAGAGGACAAAAGGAGCGGCAGGCCACUCAAGAGACCUGAGAAGCCCGUGUCCUGCCCCCGCUGCCAUAGCCUCGACACCAAAUUUUGCUACUUCAACAACUACAACGUCAACCAGCCUCGACACUUUUGCAAGAACUGCCAGAGGUACUGGACAGCCGGGGGCACUCUGAGAAACGUUCCAGUGGGUGCCGGGCGCCGGAAGAACAAGAACGGGCGAUUGGAAAAUGGUGGUGGUGGUGGUGGUGGUGCUGCUGCCGCUGCCGGGAGUGAUCUUCCUCCUCAGCAGAAUCCCGGGCAGAGCUCCGAGAGAAAGCUGGCGACGAAGCUCCCGCAGCAGGAUUCGAGCUGCAAGGUUAGCCGAGCAAGCGACGCCGGGAGAGGCGGAAGUUUUGGUUUCAUCCGGGGGUUCGCGACUUCACGCAGCACUGAAGAGGAUCCUUCAAGGCAGUCUCAGCAGCAGCAGAGCAGCACAAGUGAAGGCAGCAACGAUUCCAGAGACGACUCGACUUGCGGGUCAUCGGUGUCCAACCCGGCCCAGGAGUGCAGGGAGGGUGGCGGUGGUACGACGGCUUGGCCCUACGCCUUUUUCAAUGGCACGGGCCCAUGGAAUCUCCCCGGCUGGGCUGGCUGGAGCAACAGUCCUUGGGGGAGCAUGGCCGCGACCGCGGCAACAGCAGCCGCAAAGGUUCUCGCUCAGAAUGUUCACACGGCGCUGGGGAAGCACAUGAGGGACGAGAAGUCAGUGGCAGGGGCGGGACCGGCCAAGCGGCCAGAGGGGUCUUUAUGGGCCCCGAAAACUUUGAGGAUUGAUGCUCAAGGGGAUGCCAGCCGCGGCAGCUCGUUUCUGGCCGACAUUGCGACGGGCUCCAACAAGGUGGACACGAUCUCCACAGGGGGGAUGUUUAAGGCCUUUCAGCAGGAAACCAGCGGGACCAAGCCGGGUCCGGAUGAUUUGGAUGGUCACCCAAAGACAGCGUCUGAUACCAACAAGAGCAGUGAAGGGACAUGAGAAGAAUGUAGGGGGUAGGAGUGCUUCUCACAGGACGGGACAGGAGGAGGAUCGAAAUAAUCGACACAGGUUACGUACUGAUAGUAUCCGCCUCGCAGAGCAAAAUCAAAGCAGGGAAUGGAUGGAUUACGGAUGGGUGGAACGUAGCCUUGGCCAAAGUUGUACAUAGCUUGCAGGGAGUGGAAGUCAAUAAAGUUGUUUAACUUUAUCAACA